UUUUUUUAUUGUAGUUUACGUGACUCGAAGAAUGAUUUGUGCGGCCUCGUGUUCUUUGCCGUUUUACAUGUAUUAACUUAAGACUGAAGCUUGGGAAACAAACACUUUUGCAGUAUUAAUCAAGAGAUAGAUUUGGUCCAAGAUGUCGCUGUGGGCGAGGGCUCAGCAGCUACCCCAGGAGAGCUUGCAAAAGGUGCGGGCUAUCUAUGGCGACCAUUUUCCUAUUGAGGUCCGCCACUGCUUGGCGCCGUGGAUCGAGAGCAAGAUAUGGACGGCGGAACCCGAAGAGCAGCAGCGUUUCUUCGUGGAGGAACUGGUGCAGGAGAUCAAGACGACAGCUGAACUGAUGCUGUCUCCGGACAUGUUCGUCACCAAGAUGAAGCUGUUCGAGGCUGCCAAGGCCUUCCACGCGCAGUACAGCCACGCUCCACACGAGCUAUACGCGUACAUCCGGCGUUGCCUGGCCUUAGAGAUGGAGGUUAUCCAGAGCGCCACCCAAUAUGUGGCCCAGCCGCACACUGAGAGGAAAUACAGCGAGCUGUUAACAGACCUGCAGACCGUCCGUCAGAAGGUGACGAUGGUGAGCGAAGAAAUACGCUCACUGCAGGCCCACAACGAAUCGUUCUCGCUUCAGUACCACGAGUGUCUCAAGAACAAAGGUCACAUCCAGUACUUGCAGUCUUCUGGGCAGCUGACCAAUGAGCGGCGAGAGUUGGAGGCCUGCCUCCGAAGCCAGAUCGAGGAGAUGGAGAGGAAACUCAAUGCUUUGGUGGCUCAGAUCAAGCAGGCUCAGAUGGAGCUGGUGGACCAUAUAAAGGAGAACAUCGCGACUCUGCGUCAGCUGCAGAGCAUUGUGCUGGACGACGAACUCAUCAGAUGGAAACGUGAGCAGCAGCUGAGCGGCAACGGGCACCCCAUGCAGUCCAACCUCAACUCCAUCCAGGAGUGGUGCGAGAUGCUCGCCGACCUCAUCUGGACCACCCGCCAACAGGUGAACAACGCGACGCGCAUCAACAGCAAGACCAUCAUACAGCUACGUCAGCCGCACCUCGAGGAGAUGCUUGAAGAUAUGGGCAAACAGGUCACCAGCCUUCUGUCCACCCUCGUGACUUCGACCUUCGUCAUCGAGAAACAGCCGCCUCAAGUUAUGAAGACCAAUACACGUUUCACGGCUACAGUCCGGCUGCUAGUCGGAGGUCAACUCAACGUGCACAUGACCCCUCCCAGAGUCACUGUGGUGAUAAUAUCAGAGCAACAAGCCCAGCUGCUGCUGAAGAGCGAGUCCCCAGCAGGUCGAGGCAAGCAGCCUGUCGAGUGUGGCGAGAUCCUCAACAACAGCGGCUGCAUGGAGUACCAGCCCACCAGCCGUCAGCUCAGUGUCAGCUUCCGAAACAUGCAGCUGCGUAAAAUCAAGCGAGCGGAAAAGAAAGGGACAGAGAGCGUCAUGGACGAAAAGCUGACCCUCCUGUUCCAGUCAGAGUUCAACGUCGGCGGUGGCGAACUCGUGUUCCAGGUGUGGACGCUAUCCCUGCCGGUGGUCGUGAUCGUGCACGGUAACCAGGAGCCCCACGGCUGGGCCACGGUCACGUGGGACAACGCGUUCAGUCCUGCCGGCCGAGUGCCCUUCGCCGUGCCAGAUAAGGUGACAUGGGGCCAGCUAGCCGAAACUCUCCGAGUCAAGUUCUACUCCGCGACGGGAGGUGAUCUCUCCGAAGACAACUUACGAUUCCUGGCCGAAAAGAUAUUCAGCAGAUCGAACGUGCCCCACAACCAAAUAGAGCUGAACAACCUGACCGUAUCCUGGAGCCAGUUCUGCAAGGACGCCCUCCCCGAGCGCAGCUUCACCUUCUGGGAGUGGUUCUACAUGGUGGUCAAGGUCACCAGGGACUAUCUGCGGACCCUGUGGGUCGACCGAUUGAUAAUGGGCUUCAUACAGAAGAAACAAGCAGAAGACAUGCUCUCUAAGUGCGCUCCGGGCACAUUCUUACUCCGCUUCAGCGAUUCCGAACUUGGCGGGAUCACUAUCGCUUGGGCUGGAGAUGGUCGCGAAGUAUUUAGCCUCCAGCCAUUCACAUCACGCGAUCUGACACAACGACCUCUAGCCGACCGGCUGUCUGAUCUGACACAGCUGCAGUACUUAUACCCUAAUGUGGCUAAAGAUGAUGUGUUCUCCAAAUAUUACACGAAACACGAAAACGAGAUGCUCAAGAACGGUUACGUGAAACCAGUGCUGGUGACCACCCUGCCUCCAUACAUGUCGCCGUCGCCGUACGCGCACUCGCCGGACAGCCAGCGCAACACCCCCAGCGUUCAGAGCAGCUACCUGAGCGCCGCGACCCCCGCGCUGACGGAGAGCUCCUUUAUGGACAGCGACCUGUUCGAGCAAAUCCGAGCCUUCGAGCCUGACAGCAUGGACGACUUCAGCUUCUACCAGGGCAACAUGAGCAACAUGUCAAACAUGUCCAACAUGACCAACAUGUCUAACAUGCGGGAGUGAGAUGCCAGAUUGAGAUGAGAAUUUAAAUUGAAGAUUCUGUUUCACGGCGGAAUGUUGCAGUCAAUUCUAGCUUAAAAUGUAACCAUUCAUAGUCUAUGUAGAAUCCGUGCCAUAGAGUUCAAACAUAUUUACAAAUUAUUAGUUUUAUUUCAAGCUUUUAUUUACUUAGAUUAAAUUAUGUAUCAUCAUCAUCAUCAUCAUCAUAUCAGCCAGAGGACGUCCACUGCUGGACAUAGGCCUCCCCCAAAGAGUGCCACAAUGACCGGUCUUGCGCCACCCGCAUCCAGCGGACUCCCUCGGAGCGGAAAUUAUGUAUACGUUAUAUAAAAUACGGAAGAUAAUGUCAUAUGCAAUAGUAGGCCAUUUUAUUUUUAAAUUGUAAUUUGUAAAGUGUUAUGAAAAUGUAGAAAUAAUACUAACACUAUAUAUUUAGUUGGGAUAUUGACCAUUAUAGGCAGGAUCCCAAAAUAAGCUGUAUUUUUCAUAUUUUCUUCAGUUUUUUUUAUAAACGGCCUAAAGUGCAGACUAAAAAAUAAGAUAAUAGUUUUGACGUAUAUUACCAUGACUUAAACCUAUCGAGGUAUAAAAAUGUUAUUCUUAAAAAAAAGAUUUUGUAGGCCAUGGCCUACCCAUGGGUAAAAAACAUUAGAUAAUUUUGACCAAGUUUUCAUGACAUUUAAUUGCAUUUAGAUGGUAAAAUGCAAACGUUAAAUUGAUUGUUACUUUUAUUUUAUUUAAAAACCAGUUUUUAAGUGCCAUUUUUACCAUUCAUUUUGUAUAAAACAAUAUAUACUUUAUAUUACUUACAGUUCUUCCCUUCGCACAUUAAGUGUUUAAGAAUAUAUGUAUAUACAAAAAAACACUGAUAAACCCAACACACUGAAAUGACAGUCCAACUAUGCUUGAAAUCAAUGUAUAUAUACAUAUAACAUUUGUUAUGAUUUGAUUUAAUUAUCCUAGUGCUUCAAGGCCUAUCACUAUUUUUUUCUGUUAAAGGGGUUACAAAGUGUGACAUUGUAAAAGUAACAUUUUUACAAUUAAAUGGAGACGACUUAUUAAAAUAUUUAAUCGUCUUUGGUAUUCCAAAAAGUACAGGCUUGCCCAAAAAUACGGUGACUUUUUUUUCAAUGCAUAUUGCUGAUGUUUUUAACAAAGUUUUAC